AUUGCUGCUGUCAAUUGGUACAAUUAUUAAUCAUAUUUGAUUUGAUUUGAUGGGUGUGUUUGUGAGAGUGUGGUGGCGGUGAUAGGGAGAGAGAGAGGAAAAGAGAGAAAAAAGGGUGUGGCCCACAGCACGUCAUUGGAAGCACCGCGUCGCCAGCAAGAGUUUUCCAAACUCCAGCUCACAAAAAAUCCUAAAUCCCCUCUCUUCCUCUCAUUUCAAAACCACUUCCCCCUCUUUUCCAUUUAUUCCUUCAUCUCAAAAAUCCACACACACACACACACACACUCUCUCUCUCUUCCCUCGCACAACUAACUACACGCGAUCCAGAUCGGGAACAACCACACCGAAUCCAUCCAUGGCGCCGCGAGAGGAGAAUGUCUACAUGGCCAAGCUGGCCGAGCAGGCCGAGCGCUACGAGGAAAUGGUGGAGUACAUGGAGAAAGUGUCCACGUCGCUCGAGGACAAGGAGGAGCUCACCGUGGAGGAGCGCAACCUGCUCUCCGUAGCCUACAAGAACGUCAUCGGCGCGCGCCGGGCGUCGUGGCGGAUCAUCUCCUCGAUCGAGCAGAAGGAGGAGUCCCGGGGCAAUGAGGACCACGUCACCACCAUCAAGGAGUACAGAUCUAAGAUCGAGGCCGAGCUCUCCAAAAUCUGCGAAGGAAUCCUCAAGCUGCUCGACGAUCGCCUCAUUCCGUCCGCCGGCACCGGGGAUUCCAAGGUUUUCUACCUCAAGAUGAAAGGUGAUUACCAUAGGUAUCUGGCUGAGUUUAAGACUGCUGCUGAGAGGAAAGAGGCUGCUGAGAGCACUCUCAACGCUUACAAGGCUGCUCAGGACAUAGCUAACACAGAGCUCGCCCCUACACAUCCAAUUCGAUUGGGAUUGGCCCUGAACUUCUCUGUUUUCUACUAUGAGAUCUUGAACUCUCCUGACCGUGCAUGUAACCUUGCCAAACAGGCUUUCGAUGAGGCCAUUGCUGAGUUGGAUACCCUUGGCGAGGAGUCCUACAAAGAUAGCACUUUGAUCAUGCAACUUCUUCGAGACAACCUCACCUUGUGGACCUCUGACAUGCAGGAUGAUGGGGCCGAUGAUAUCAAAGAAGCUCCUAAACCUGAAGAAGCAGCAGCUCAACAGUGAGGAUGAGCCUUCACUUUGAUUUUUCUUCCUUUGAUCUCUCUUUUAAGCCUGGCAUUUUUUCGGGUCUCGUUUAGGUCUUGAUGUUUGUUGUUACUGAAUUGUGCCGUUGGUUCAAACGCCCUGUCAUGCAGCCCUCUAACUAAUUAUGCUGAGUUCUUUCUUUCGACUUUUUACCAAAUACUUCUCAGUAAUUAUAUUUCGCAGGAGGCUGCAUCCAAAUAAUCCAUUUGGGUUCUUUCUUGCAAAAAAUAAUGUUCGUCUUGUGAUGUUUCAUUGGCAUAAGUGAAAUAAAACAUGAGAUCCUAAAUGUUAA